AUGGACGAUACGACUGAAGCGCUACCUUCCUUAUUCGUUGGCGUUGACCUUCAUUCACAUAUGGAUGACACAUGCAGUAUUGUUAUUGAGGAUUUGGCAAAUACACAUAACGUAAAACCGGAAUCAGUGGAAACAUGGUUAGCACCAUUUGGUGUUGUUAAAUCUAUAUCUGUUUACCGACGUGUGAUCUUCGUGGAGUUCGAAAGUCCUUCAGCGGCGGAAAAUGUCAUAACUAGUGAAAAUGGAAAGAUGUUUCAGAAUAGUUAUGUGUCCAUACGAAGUCCGCAACCAUGGGACUUGAUGGUUGCUGGAGAUCUUGUUACUAAAUACGAGGUGCCAACUUCAUCUGAAGCCAAUAAAGAAGCUGAAGUGGAAGUAAAAGACGAAAAUGCAUCUAAUGGCAAUGUUCAUACGGAGGUUGAGGAGGUAAAAAAAUUAAUCACACAUAUAAAAUAUUUGGAUAAAGAUGAACUCUGGACGUUGUAUAAUGCAUUACAAGAUAUGCGAAAUGAAAGGGGAGCGAAGACUAAAGUUAAAACUCUUCCUUCUGGUCGACCUUGGCUUGAUUCAAUAGGCAAAACUCUAUUCACUGAAAGAACUGAAACAUUGCACAAAUUAGAAUUAGAAGAUAGUAAAAUAAAUCGUCGUCGUUUUAUUCAAUGUGACAAACUAUACACUGAAGCCAGUAACAAAUGUGAAAAAGCAUGGUUCAAUAUAAUUGACCAAGAAAUUAAUACGUGUAAUACUCCUAUACUUCCGGAGGAUAUGAACAACAUAUCGUUCCCACCAGUAGUAGCAGCCCCUCAACCUCAGAUAAAUGGGCCUGUAUAUGAUUCCACAGGAUUUCUGAUGCCAUAUCCCAAUCAUUUUGCUUCAGAUACUUGCUAUAACGAAUAUUCUGCUGUAUAA